CUGUUGAACACAAAACAAUAUAUUUUGAUGAAUAGUUGGUAAUCAAUGUAGAAUAGUUGGUUAUCAAACAGCUGACAGUAGUCAUCGAAUUCCAUAGUAGAAAAAAAAAAAAGUCAGUGGUUACCGUCAACUAUUUGAUUACCAACAUUCUUCAAAAUAUCUUCUUUUGUGUUCAAAUGAAGAAAGACAUAACUUUUUCUGACAUUUUCUUUUUUCUUCUUAAAACAGACGACAGACUCUUCUACAUCGGCCCCAGUAGGCAAUACAUGCGGCUAGUUGUCCUGUCAGAGGAAGAGAAGAGGUCUGUUCUUACAGAAUGCCACAAUAACCCUGGGACUGGCAAUCACAGUGGUGUCAGAGGCACUCAAAACAGGGUCAGAUCUUGUCACCGCUGCCAGUUAAAUGACCCAAUAAAGACUGUUGUGCCAGUCUUGCAUUCCAUUAAGGUAAACGAAGCUUGGGAGGUGCUUGGUUUGGAUUUGAUUGGACCACUGCCAGAAACAGCACGCAACAACAAGUAUGUCCUUACCAUGACAGACCUGUACACCAAGUGGGUGAUUGCAGAACCCAUGCAAUCUAAGACGGCAACUGAGGUGUCUGCAAUAAUGCAAUAAUAACCGCAAAUCAUUACAGACCAAGGGAAGGAGUUUGUUAACAAGCUAAACAACAGCAUUUUCAGCAUGCUGAAAAUCAAACAUGCUGUCUCCAGUGCUUAACCUCCCCAGACCAACGGACAGGAUGAAAGAACCAAUCAGAAUAUCAAGCGUACUCUCAGGAAGUAUGUGAAUGACAAUCACAAUGGUUGGGACCUCCACCUUCCUUCUGUGGUACAUGGAAUCAACACUGCAAAGCAGUACUCCACUAGAUACAGUCCCUACUUCCUCCUCUUCCAUCGUCACCCACGUCUGCCUGAGGUCAUGAAUGCCUGUCCCAUGGGAGAUGAUUUUGAAGUUGCUGACCCAGAAGAUGACAUUGACACCAGAGUCAAUAAGAUGAAACUUCUCAAUGAAACUGUUUGUAUUUGAUAUAAAGGGGGACCCCAAGAAACGACGAACAGACACAUUUAAAAGUCGGCACCAAGGACCAUAUAAUGUGGCCAGCAUUUCUUCCAAAGGGGUGGCUACUAUUGUUAAAGGGUCAAGUUGCCAGAGGGUCAAUGUGUCAAGAUUGAGGACAUACUACCGAUUAAAAAAUGGACCAACUGAGAGGAAGUUUCUCCAGGACCACGGUUACACCACUGCAACAUUUAAAAGGCAGAUUGAGCAUCCAUAUGCUUGUUCCGGUGCAAAGUGGGAGAAGGACUUGGGCCCUAUUCAAGAUGAACUGUUGAAGUAUGUGUUGGACAAAAAUAAGCUAUCACAAGAACUCAUCGUGAAGGAAGGCAAAAUUUGCCUCACACGAGAAGACUUCUGGAGCCUGGGUUUAAACCAGUGCAUGGAAUCUAAUAUUGGAAAUGCUUGCCUCAAGAUUGUGGAAGAAGCUGCACGAAGACAUGUACUUUAUACUAUUAUAUCUUCUUUUAAAAGUAUUUAUUUUGAUGCAUGCGUGUUUAAUAACUUAUGUUCUUUCCCUAAGGGAAAAAAAUGUUCACAUUGUGGACCUCUAUGUUGUUCCCACCUGGAAAGACAAAAUUGUGGACCCAGUGCAUUGUUUGCCUGAAAACGUGAGGUCCAAGGAUGUUGUACUAUUUCCAGCUUGGAGCAGGCAGCAGGGUGAACCUGACCACUAUCUGCUCUGUGUUGAGUUUCUUUUUAUAAUCUUUCUAGCUGUAAUAUUUUCAAAUUUAACAGGUAGGGUUGGAGAGAUAUUAACAAAGUACCCAUUGCAGGUUAUGUUGGUGGCUAAGAGGGAAAUACUUUUUCUUGAUUCUCUCCACCCUGAUGGUUUUGGAGAUGAGGCUUACAGAACCAUAUUUAGACACAUUGCAGCCUUCAUUGCCCCGGGAUCCUGGACGGAAAAAACAGGAAGAGACCUUGGGUGUUUUCCUCAACAGCGUUCAUGGAUUUCCUGUGCUGUCUACAUGCUGAUGUAUGCUCUCAGUGCCUGUACCUUGUGCCCAUUAACAUUCACUGAGGAGGAGGUGCCAAUGAUUCGUCAGUGGUGGUGCCUUCAGCUGAUGGAGAGGUUUUGCCUAGAAGGACAUGGACAGAGAUUUGCAUUCUGGACAGAAGAGGCAUCCCAGCUCCUUCAGGGAACCCUUGAACCUGUCUAUAGGGUGUCUAAAUCCACCACCAAACUGUUGCCCAGCAGAACAGCUGUGGUUAAAGAGGACACUGAUAUGGUGCAACAACCAAAAAUUGUCAGAGACCUAUAUACAGCAUUGUACUGGGUGCAAAAUCACAGUGACGUGUUUUGUGGGGAGGUGACAGAGCCUGCUUUUCUGAGGAUGAACCAUGAUGACCAACAAAAUGCCCUCAGGAAGGUCCAAGAGGGUGCAUCCUCUGAAGCAAAGGAUGACUUUUUGUUUAUAUUUCAGUUGCAAGAGGACAUGGAAACAUUUUUGUCUCACUGUGCUGAUAAAGAAGGCCUAAGUGUUAAUGCCAUGUUCCCCAUUGAGCAAUUCCAGUAGAGGGAGGGAGGG